CUUAUGAGCUUAUCACUUACACCUCCCAUCUCCCAUGAUUGCAAAUGCUACUACUAUAAGCCAUCUGUACAGACUUUAGUAUCAAACACAAUUUAAAAAAAUAUAUCUUUCUUCCUUUCAUUCAUCGAGGAAGGGGCCCGAACCUUAGCAACUUGGACCUCUAAAUCUCGCGUUGCCUAAAUCCCACGUGACCUAGCGCCCAUAUGCUUUGGUUGCAAAUAGUAAGGAUUUACAUACUGCCACUAAAAAGAACUCUGCAAUCCUUCCAUCCAUAUUUAGCGCAGGGGAGCGGGAAUGACUUCUCUCAUACGACCCACUGUUGUAUGCAAUGCGGUUCGUAGUUGUAUUAUGUCUCGUCCACUUUCUAGAUCACUUGGCAGAGCUCUCUUAUUUCACAGGGGGCUUAAAACAGCCGUUCCACCACGUUUAGCUGGGAGAUUUCAUGGCGGCCAUGGAGAGGGCUUAAAUUCAUUCAGGCAUGGCUUCUGUGUUAGGGCAACGGAGGUGUCUGAGCCAGGCUCUGUUGACUCUCCCAUGAUGCAGGCAAUGCAAAAUAAGAUAAAAGAGCAGUUAAAUGCUGAAGAAGUUAUUGUCAAAGAUGCUUAUGGUGAUGGUCGUCAUGUAAGUAUUGAUGUUAUAUCAUCAGCCUUUGAAGGACAAUCCCAAGUGAAUAGGCAAAGGAUGGUCUACAAGGCAAUAUGGGAAGAGAUGCAAAGUGUUGUUCAUGCCGUUGAUCAAAUGACAACAAAAACUCCUGCUGAGGUUGCGGAAGCAUCGAAGUAAUAUUUAAAUUUACUCAAGUUGUAUUGUUCCCAUGGACUCUACAAUGUGCCUCUAAUCGUACUUCGACAAUUUGUUUUUUCACUCGACAUUUUACUAUAACGUUCAAUCAUCACAAGGUUGAAGUCAACAAGCUUAUGUACUCUUGCAUAAAGAAUUUGGAUUUAUAAAGCUAGAAAUUCCGGGCAGAUAGAUUUGUACAAGAACUACAAUCUCUUAGGAUGCCUAAACUACUGAAUGACAUGAGAUGUUAAAAGA